AUGGCUCCACUCCCGCCCGGCAUUCGCUUCAUCAUCUCAUUCUCCCGGGAUCAGUGGUACAGAGCCUUCAUUUUUAUUUUGACAUUUUUGCUGUAUGCAAGUUUCCACUUAUCCCGAAAGCCUAUCAGCAUAGUUAAGGGCGAACUGCACGGGUACUGCACUACCCUGCACGAGGGGCAAGUCGAAUUCAGCAGCUGGAGCCAGAAAGCCAGUGGCUCCUCGCACCACCAGCCAGCAGACAACGAGACGGACUGCAGCUGGGCGCCGUUUGACCAGGACAACUACCAGCAGCUGCUCGGGGCCCUGGAUUACUCGUUUCUGUGCGCCUACGCCAUUGGCAUGUACCUGAGCGGCAUCAUAGGGGAGCGCCUGCCCAUUCGGUAUUACCUCACGUUUGGGAUGCUAGCCAGCGGCGCUUUUACCGCCCUCUUCGGGUUAGGGUAUUUCUACAAUAUCCACAGUUUCGGAUUCUACGUGGUAACUCAGAUCAUCAAUGGACUGGUGCAGACGACCGGCUGGCCCAGCGUCGUCACCUGCCUCAGCAACUGGUUUGGAAAAGGAAGGCGAGGUUUGAUUAUGGGGGUCUGGAAUUCCCACACAUCCGUGGGCAACAUUCUGGGCUCCUUGAUUGCUGGCUACUGGGUGUCCACGUGCUGGGGCCUGUCCUUCAUCGUUCCUGGGGUCAUCGUGGCAGCCAUGGGGAUAGUGUGCUUUCUCUUUCUCAUCGAGCAUCCGAAGGACAUCGCCUGCUCCUCCUCCCUGGCGCUCCACUCCGAGGGCUGUGAGAACGGCACACACAGAUUCCGACUGCAGAAGCAGGUCUUCACGGACAACAAGAAGCCUCUGGACCCUGAGAUGCAGUGCUUGUUGCUGUCAGACGGAAAGCACCCCGUCCAUCAGAACCACGUCAUUGUCCUCCCAGCUGAUGGCGGGAGCAGCACGGCCGCCAUCAGCUUCACCGGGGCCUUGAGGAUCCCUGGCGUGAUCGAGUUCUCUCUGUGUUUGCUGUUUGCAAAGUUGGUCAGCUAUACCUUCCUCUUCUGGCUUCCUCUGUACAUCACAAAUGUGGAUCACCUGGACGCCAGACAAGCCGGGGAGCUCUCCACCCUGUUUGAUGUGGGCGGGAUCUUCGGUGGGAUCCUGGCAGGUGUGAUCUCAGACCGGCUGGAGAAAAGGGCCUCCACCUGUGGCCUGAUGCUGCUGCUCGCAGCCCCGACGCUCUACAUAUUCUCCACCAUCAGCAAAAUGGGCCUCGAAGCCACGAUCGCCAUGCUGCUCCUCAGCGGGGCCCUGGUCAGCGGGCCGUACGCCCUGAUCACGACCGCCGUCUCUGCCGACCUGGGCACGCACAAAAGUCUCAAGGGAAACUCCCAUGCCCUCGCCACUGUGACCGCCAUCAUCGACGGGACUGGGUCUGUAGGAGCAGCCCUGGGCCCUCUGCUGGCUGGGCUCCUGUCCCCAUCUGGAUGGAACAACGUGUUCUACAUGCUGAUGUUCGCAGACGCCUGUGCCUUACUGUUCCUGAUCCGCCUCAUUCACAAGGAGCUGAGCUGCCCGGGGUCUGCGACCACGGACCAAGUCCUGUUCAAGGAACACUGACCCGGUCGAGUCCCCCGGAGGGAGGCCGGGCCCGUCCCUCACGAACUGUCUGUCAAGGAAACGUUCAAAUAAAGGAUCCUGUGUUGGAAAGAAUGAUGUACCCUUGCCUUUUGCACACACACCCGGAAAAGACACAAAAGCCACGCUGAGAAGUCCGGGUCCUAUUUUAGGCGAGCCCUGGCGCUCACGACAGCAGCAAGGAGGUGCGGGAAGU